CUUCCGGCCCCCCAUGCGCAAGCGCAAUGUGCCUAUUGGCGUUUCCCGAUCCUUUUUCCGGAUUUUCAGCCUGAUCUUCCGGGGAAGGGGAGCUCCGGGAAGUUGGAGGUGAGGGACAGUCAGCAGGGGGCGUGGCUCCGGUGGCGGGCGUGGGCGUGGCCCCAGAUAAGCCAGGCGGGGCCUCGGCUGAGUGGGUGCGGUAGGGGGCGGCUUCAGAGGAAUAGAGCCCGGCUGCAGCGGGGCUGCUCCGAGGGGCGGAGCCGGUACGCCCGGGAGGGGCGGGGAAGUAGCCGAACUGGGGUGGAGGGCCCCACGCUAGCUACCAUCGCUGGGCGGGCGACAAGCGCGGGUCUGGCGGAGCGCGGGGGCGCGCGAAGACCGCGAGGCGACCGGGAGCGGCUGGGUCCCCGGCGGCGCGCGCCUCGGCCGGGCCGGGAGCCGCGCCAGUCGGUGCCCCCAGCCGAGCGAGGUCCGCCUCCCUCCCAGAAAUCAGCCGUCCGGAGCGUGACCAGGGGGCAUGCCGGAUCCACCAGAGGCGCCGCCGCCUGCGCUCGCAGGCCGCGGGUGAAAAAGAAAGCACGGCCUCGCUCGGCCCGGAGCGAAGAGGUGGCCCGGAGCGAAGUGGUGGCCCCGAGCGAAGAGGUGGUCCUGAGCGAAGAGGUGGCCCGGAGCGAAGAGGUGGCCCGGAGCGAAGAGGUGGCCGGGAGCGAGGAAAUGGCGGCAGCCGGGCUCAGCGUGACCGUCACCCACAGCAAUGAGAAACACGAUCUUCAAGUUACCCCACAAGAAGGCAAUAGUGAGCCAAUUGUCCAAGACCUGGCCCAGGUUGUUGAAGAGGCUACAGGGGUUCCGCUGCCUUUUCAGAAACUCAUAUUUAAGGGAAAAUCUCUGAAGGAAAUGGAGAUGCCAUUGUCAGCACUUGGAAUACAAAAUGGUUGCCGGGUUAUGUUAAUUGGGAAAAAGAACAGUCCAGAGGAAGAAGCUGAACUAAAGAAGCUGAAAGAUUUGGAGAAAUCUGUGGAGAAGAUAGCUAACCAGCUGGAAGAACUGAAUAAAGACCUUGCUGGAAUCCAGCAGGGUUUUCUGGCCAAAGAUUUGCAAGCUGAAGCUCUCUGCAAACUCGAUAGGAGAGUAAAAGCCACGAUCGAGCAGUUUAUGAAGAUCUUGGAGGAGAUUGACACACUAAUUCUGCCAGAAAAUUUCAAAGACAGUAGAAUGAAAAGGAAGGGUUUGGUGAAAAGGAUUCAGGCCUUCCUAGCUGAGUGUGACACAGUGGAGCAGAACAUCUGCCGGGAGAGAGAGCGACUGCAGUCCACAAACUUGGCCCUCGCUGACUGAGGUGAGGCGGAGAAGGCCGUGCUGCGCUGAGGAACAGCCCCACCAGCUCUGCCAUCUCUGGAACAGAAGUUACCUGCCUUCCCCAGAAGAAAAUGUAGAUCUCAGAAGUGGAUGGCUCAUAACAACGCCUCACAACAAUCGGCCCGUUGCCUUUUCCUUCUCUUACAACCCGCUCUCAAUGAACAAGUGUCGUCCGUACAAUCUUUAGCCUCCUGUCAGCUUCUCGUUCUGUCUCUGUGGAUCUGUGCUGUCCAGCAGCCCACCUUGUCUGGAGAGUGCCCCCAUGACCAAGUCUUCCCAGCUGUGGACCUUUGGGUGCUUUCUUUGGGCUGGUGAGAGCUCUUAUGUAUCCUGAGGUAGUUCUCAGUUUAUCAGCCAUUUUGGUCUUCAGAUCCAUGAGGCCUUUUUGUUCUUAUGAUCCCAUAACCUGUCUGUGUAAACCAGAAUCACCAGGAGCCCAUGUCUGGUGAGGAAAGUCGGGAAUGGGUCAAAACAGGUAGCCCGAGUGUCUCUCAUGUGACCUGAUUCUGAACCAGCUGGCUGGUUGUGGGUUCAUGAGCCUGUCCUCAGCUCCCAGUGACCUUGAUCAGCCAUAGGUCAUGAGAUCUCUGGUUCAUUCCUGGAGUGGGGCCUGUGGUUGAUAUAUGGACUGCCUUGCUCCCAAGCACAUCUCUAGAAGGUUAGAAUCCAGAGUUGACUAAGUCUCUGCUUGCAACCAGGUCAGACCCUGGCUUACGAGGGGCAGUGAGGGGCCAGAGUGAAUGCAGCAGGCCGGUAGUGAGGGCAGCCAUAAACCUCUCAGGAGUUCCUUCAGAGGCGUUGUUACGAGCCAUCCCCUUCUGAGAUCUACAUUUUCUUAAAGUUACUUUGAGGUUGUUUCUGUCUGUUUGGUGGUCCUUUCCCCCUUCAUUUGUUAUUUAAAAAAUAAAGCAGUUUAUAUACACAUCAGCAAGCAGAAGAGUGUUAAAACUUUUUUUUUUUCGGACUUGCCAUACAGCAUGUGGGAUCUUAGUUCCUGACCAGGGAUCUAACCCAUGUUCCUGCAUGGAGUUGUAACCACAGCUCCACCAGGAAAUCCCAGAAGAGUGUUUAAACUUUUUUUUGUUGAUCAAGUAUGAAAAACAGAAGCCUUCUGAGAUUCUAGUCUAGAAGUCAGGAGUGGUCUGUGUACUUCAGUGGCCUCCUAAAUGGGUCAGCUGAUGUUACCCCCGUUUUUUCACACAGUGCCCAGGAGAAUAACUCCUAAAGGCCACUCUGAGGCCAGUCUUAUCUGGCAGACGGGGAGUUGGUGAAACCCCAGGAAUUGAGGGCUGUGUGGAUGGGGCCUAGGACAAAGUGGUGGCAAGUGGCCGAGGCUGAAGGUCCCAUUGGCCCACCCCCAGCUUUAACCAGAGUAGUUCAGUAUUUACCUGUUUGUUUAUAAGUAGUAGCUGUGUGGUCUUGGGCCACAGCAAGUUCCUGUGUGCCAGAUACCAUUCUAAGUUCUUCAGGUGUGUUAGUCAUUUAAUCCUCACACAGUCCAGGAGGUAGAUAGAUACUCCCCCUGUUUUAGAGAUGAGCUUAGGUGAUUUGCUCAGGAUCAUAGAUAAGUGACAAAGCCAGGACACAAACUAGGCGGCUUGAUUCCAAGCCAAUGUUCUUUACUGAUUUUUGUCCCAACUGACAUGGGGUUGCUCACACCUUCUCAUUUUCUCUUCUCUUUCUGUUUAUCUCCUGGGUUGGUCUGUGUACUUCCUCUCUGGUCCUCUCUAUUCAUUUUCUAUAGAGCAGCUGAGUGAUCAUGAUCAUGAUCUCGUCAUGUCAGUCCUGUGCCUAAAAAUCUCAGUGGCCCCCAUUCUCUUAGGAUAAAGGCCAAGGUCCUUGCCCUUUUCAUCUUGACCCGCUCUCCUGUUACUCUGUGCCAUCAGCCACUCUGGGCUAGUUCAGGUCCUCAGGUGCUCUGAGCCCUCUCUCGCCCUGGGGUCUUCGCACACGUUCUUCUUGGAUAUUUCCCCACCAUCCUUCCCCUACCCCUACCCCUGCCGCUGUCCUAGGCGACUGCUGUUUAUCCUUCAGAAUGUAAAUCUCUCUUCCAUAGAGAAACCUCACCUACUGAUGUUUCUGAUAGUCUGUCUGAGAAUGUCAAGCCCCCAGGUGAUGUCCUCUCACAGCUUGUGACUAUUUAAACAGCAUUUGUCAUGGUC